GAAAGAAAAAGAGCUCGCGACGGCGGUGCAAGAGUUGUGUGACGGGUCACCGUCAGGAGCCACCCUUCAACUACUGAGGGGAUUUAACGAAAAUAGCACAGAUUUGGCAGAAGAUAGGGUGAGGUUGUUUGGGACUAAUUUCGAUGUGCGGUUUGUCAAUGAAGAAAUACUGGAUCUUAUGGAAGGAGAGGUUCAUGUCUUUAAAGCAAAAGAUGAAGGAAACAAAAAUAUACUGCUGCGGUCUUCUGUUCCAAAAACGCUAUUUCUUAAAGAGGGUGCUCCGGUCAUAUUGAUAAAGAAUUUAGCUGGUAAACUGUAUAAUGGACAAAGGGGUACUGUUCAUAAACUUUUAAAUGGACAUCCGCCAAUCCUAAAUUUUAAUGGUGAAUUACAUAAAAUGAUGCCUGAAAAGUUUGAAGUAUUUGAUGCGAGUCAAAAUAAGGUAUUGGCAUCACGUUCCCAAAUACCAGUAAUUUUAGCUUUUGCUAUGACAGUGCAUCGUGCCCAAGGGCAGACAAUUAAAAACUUGGAAAUUGACUGUGCCUCGUUUUUCGCCCCUGGACAGUUGGGCGUAGCUGUUGGAAGGGCUGUUUGCAAGCAGGGACUUUGUAUCAGAAAUUUAAAUAUGACUUCUGCCUUUUUGAAACAUCCAAAGUCAGUUUAUGAAUUCUAUGAGAAGCCAUUUAAAGCAGUGGAAGCCGACAUAUCUUGUUGUUCUAAGGUUUAAGAUAAAUGUAUUGAAGAUCGACCUAAUGGACCACCUAUGGAGACGGACACCUGUUUGUCGGACACUAAGGAGACGCAGAGGAGGGGGUCGGAAUUGAACUACCCCGUGCAACCUGUCCAUUUAACAUUCAGGAAUUCAUAGCUGCAAAUAAAAGUACUGAAUUCAUAACUCUUCUUUCACCAGAAUUCAUUUCAUCAGAGCCAUUUAUUCAUCACCUGGAGUAUAUUCAAUUUAAAGCUAUUGCAUGUAUAGAAAAAGAUUCAAGCACACGACGUUUGUGGAUGCUUUCUUACCAGAACUUGAACGAAUUUUUGGUCGGGCAAGAACACUUAAAUAGUAUCAAAAACGUGUUCAAGGUAAAAAAAAGACAAAACUUCAAAAUAAAAUGUCUUCAAAACUUGCGUUCUGGGAGAUGGACAAAAUAAUUCAAGUAAAAGUUCAGGAAGUAGUAUCCCAACCAGUAGACCAACCAGAACCAUCGACCUCCAAUGCUCAUUCAUUUUCUGAAGCUGGAAAUGCUAAAUUAAGGUAUAUCGCUGGUGUGUGUGUCCACAAAAUCAGAAACCGUUUAAGGGACUCUGUAGUAAGAAAUCUUGGAGAAAUUAAUAAAAAUAGCAAGUUUACCAGGCAAAUAAAUUAUAAGAAAGAAAAAAUGCUCAAAGCUCUCACAACGUCAGAGGACAGUGUGGAUCCAAGAGACUCUUCAAUGUCAGAAAUAGAAUUUAAGCAAAAUAAAUCUCGCGGUUUAACUGUUGUUAGUGAUGAACUUUUUAUAUUUUUAAAAAAUCUUCACUCCGCAUUACAGACACAAUUAACUAAUAAAAAUUUUCACAAACAUGUUGACAGAAUUCAUACCUUUUGCAGAAAUCAUAUUGAUUAUGAAAGUAAUUUAUUAGGUAGUUGGAUUGGUUUAUUUAGUUCAGUACAGGAUGACAGCAUUGAGGACGAAAUUUUACUUGUACUGUUAGCAGAGUUGUACAAGGCCAUCAGCGAACACUUCAUAAAACUUUCAAUUGUUGACAGCUUGAAGCACUUCAAAUGCUCUAUCCCAAGAAAGAAAAAGCAAGCGUUAAGAACAAAGAUUCAAGCGUUAGGAGAGAGAGCUGCAGGUGGUAAGAAAUCGGAUAACAUCGAAAGUCGGGAUAAAGAUUGUAAAACUAGAAAGAGAAAGGUAACUGGAAAGGGGAAAAGUAAGAAAGUAAAAAACACGGAUGCCGUAGAAGACUUAUUUAUAUGUCCAAGCUGUGACAAUGUUUGCGAGGAGGAGCCAAUAGAUCGUGAAGGUGAAAGCAUAGGCUGUGAUAAAUGUAAUGAAUGGUAUCACUAUGGGUGUGUUCAGAAGAACACUGUAGCAGAAAAAAACACUUAAUAUGUAUUUAUUUAUUUAUUAUUUGUCAACAUACUUGUCUUGUCAAAAGAAAAAUACUGUUGUCUAAUGUUCUAUGAUGAUUAUAUGAUCGCCGUAAUAUCUAUACAUAUGUCACAGUGUGUCGUCAUACAUGUAUAAACCAACUCCAUGUCGUCUGCUAAAAUGUCUUAAGCUUUAUGUUUUAAGUUUUUUCCAAGUUCUCAAAAUUCAGAUUAUUUAUUGUUAAAUUGUCGAA